UACACUGUUAAAAAGGAUUUGGGCUUUUAGCCAGAGGGACUAUUUUUAACAAGCUGAGAGAACUUAUUGCCUAUUACAACAAAGUAAGAAGAGUAACCACAACUACAACUUGAAAAAAGCGCGAAAGCUCAUAAAAAACUUAUAAGAAUCCAUUCAGUUCACUUCAGAAAAUAGGUCAAGGUGGGCAUUUCAACCAACACGCAUGCGCCUGCAGUGACGUCACGCGCAGCAUUGAACUCUCAAAAUCUGAGCUGACCGCCAUCUUUUUUCCUCGGAGCCGAGCCGUCCAAGGUUACAACACUUCAGUGUAGGCUGUGCUGUUUGUGGCAACUGCCCCUCAAUGAGGUGGUCCUGCAAGUGUUGCAAUUUCUCCUCGCCGAACCAACGCACACUAAUUGUCCAUUAUAAGCUGAAGCACUGUCAUCAGGCAAGAAACUGUCCUCUUCCCUGUGUCUAUGCAGACUGUGUGUGCUCCUUCAGGACAGAAUCAUCUCUGAAAAAACAUUUAACAAGAGACCAUAGUCAAGCCCGUUCAAAGCAGGUGACUGCAAGGUUAAAUUGUGAACUGUGCAAUUUUUCAGAGACUUGUAGUGAUUCACAGUAUUUUGCACAUUUGAAAAUACACAUACACAAUAAGGAAACUGUUAAAUGUCCGUAUAAAGAAUGUAGGUUUCAGUCAAGUGUGUACAGUACUUUUCGUGCACAUAAGAGUAAGAAACAUCACCUCUGUACUGUUGACAAUUUUCGAGAAAACCUGUAUCAAACCUUCAUUCAGGGCACUUUAAACUCUGAAAGUACAAACUUUGAGACACACUCAGACGAUCUAGACUUAACAGAUUAUUUCAUAGAGGAUCUAGACCUGCAUGAUUUACUUCAACACAAAGUUGCAUCUCUCUUACUGCGUAUGCAAACACAUUUGCAUGUGUCUAAAACAACAACUCAGGAAAUAAUAGAUGAGCUUUGUAGUAUUAGCUCAGUUGUAGAAGAGUACACACCAAAAAUAAUUGAAAGUGUACUGAUCAACCAUAAUUGUGCAGUGAACAGUGCAGUCACUGCUGCUAUAACAGAGAUAGUUAAAAAAGUUAACCCCCUAAGUUUCCUGUCAAAAGACGGGCCUUUUGGUUCUGAAUACAAAAGAGAAACUUUUUACAAGAAAAAUUUUAAAGUGAUUGAGCCGAUUGAAUAUGUUUUAGAUACAUCUUCAAGACGGAAAUUUGUUUAUAUUCCGGUUUUGAAAGUCCUGACAGAGCUGUUAAAUCGCAGUGAUGUGAUAGAUAAAGUCUUGGAGACAGGACAUAUUGAAAGAGUUGAACACUUGUCUCAGUACAAAACAUACAGAGACGGUCUAUAUUACAAAGACAAUAUUUUGCUAUCGUCAAAAGAUCUUAGCAUUGCCCUAGGACUGUACAUAGACGACUUUGAAGUGUGCAACCCACUAGGAACAUCAAAAAAAAAACACAAGAUCUGUGCAGUUUAUUGGGUCAUUUCAAAUUUACCUAUACGAUAUAGAUCAUCUGUACAGUCAAUCUACCUUGCAUGUCUGUGUCAUAGCAAUGAUGUGAAGAAAUAUGGGUAUGGAGCCAUUCUUGAACCACUGAUAAAAGACCUUGAAGUACUUGAGCAGCAAGGAUUGUAUGUUCAGAAAUUGGGAACAACUGUUAGAGGUACUGUGCUGUAUGUGUCUGCAGACAACUUGGGGGCCCAUUCACUUGCUGGGUUUCAUGAGAAUUUUAAUGUCGACAAAUUUUGCCGGUUUUGUUUAGCUAGUCGGCAAGAUAUUGACAUUCACGAGGUAAAGGAGAGAGUAUUUCCACUCCGGACAGUUGAAUCUCACAAACAGGACCUUCUGGAAUUAAAAAGACAUCAGUUUGUUUCUGUGAAUGGAGUAAAGAGUGACUGUGUUCUCGAUAGACUUUCUCAUUUCCACACAGUCCAGGGCUUCCCCCCAGAUUUUAUGCACGACCUUUUUGAAGGAAUAGUGCCACGGGAAUUAAGUCUAUGCAUAAAGUCUCUGAUAUCCAAACGCUACUUUACAAUAGAUGAGCUGAAUUCCAUAAUUGAAUCCUUCCCUUUCAAGUUUACAGAUAAAACCAACAGACCUAAUCCAAUUUCAAAGUCUUUUGCAUCAAAAAAUCUAUUGGUGGGAAUUGCCACGAAAACUGGACACUAUUGA